AUGAUAAUAGGAUGUCAAUUGCCCUUUCUUCAGGAUAAGCCGACACCUAAUAAGGAUCAGGAGAACAACAGAUAUGCUAAGAGACAACCUUUUGGGGUUAAGGAUAUAAACAACAACAGGGCUUAUGAGGCCGAAGAAAGCUCGAGUGGCGUCUUUUGGUUCUUGAAGACCUGCACGUUCCUGGUGGAGUAG